AUGGUCACAGCUAAUCUAAGUCACGAACAGCGACCAUCAUCAGGAGCUGAUAAUGAAGAUGAUGAGAAUAACAAUCGACAAAUUCACACACGUCUUGAUCGUUUAUAUUUGGAAACUCCUCAAUAUCCUCACUCUCAUCAUCAAUAUUCACAAAGUACUCUUUCACCCUCGAAUUUACGUGAUACACAUAUGUCAUUAAAUACUGUUCCUGUCUAUCGUCAUGGACGUAAAUUUUACGUUUCUGUCGAAGAAUUUGAACGUAUGCGUAUUGAAGAACGACGACAUCGUCGUACACUUAUGCAAAAAUCUCAAAAUUUACCUGUAACAAAAUCUCAUCAAACAAAUUUACUAUCACCGUCAACAUCUUUAUAUAAUUCCAUUCAUCGAAGUGCUUCACAGUCACAUGAUCAUAGAUAUGGUAUACUUAGAACACCUUAUUUAUCUACUAAUUCAAUAACAAAUAAUCAUAAUAAUAAUAAUCAUCUAUCUGAAUCGACUAGACAAUCUCGUUCAACAUUUAGAUAUUACGAUGAUCAAGAUGAUUUGCCAUCAAUUACAUCAAGAUUACCAAUGAAAUUACCAACAACUGCUAUUCGUUCGAAUUCAUCAGAUAAAGUACUCGAUCUUCGAAGAAGUCCACAAUCACCAAUACCAUCUUAUCGCGGCUAUAUUCCCGAUGAUUAUGAAAUAAAACGUUCAUUUUCAGCUGAACUAGUACAACCACCACGAACUCAAUUACAACAACCACAAGUAUUACCUCGUCGAAUAGUUUCAUCUAAAACUUCUGAUUUUGCCAUGUCUACUAAAUCAACAUUUCCUAUGACACCUACUGAUCAAACAUAUAAUCAAUCAAAUGCAUCAAAAUUAACAAGUUAUUUUACUCGAGUACAACCAUCAACAUUAAAUUCUCCAGUAAAAUUAUCUACAUCAGAUGUUAAGGGAACAAAUUCAAUAUAUGGCAGUGAUAUGCAAGAUUCUGAUCAAAUUUAUUCUGUUCUUACAUCCUCAAAUCGACCUACUGGAGGUAAUGGUUUAGCAUCUGUGUUAGCACGAUCACCAUCAAAUAAUAGUAACAAUGAAUAUUAUAUUCGAGAUGUAACAAGUGGAUCGUUUUCUGAUGAUAAUUCAUCAUCACCAUCAACAUUAAUUCAACGACGAAAUACAGAUACGAAUCGUUAUCGUCGAGCUCAAAUUGUUGUUGAUACAGAUGAUGAUUAUAGACAGCAGGAUGAUGUAUGGACUCGUUCAACUGCACGAAGUCAAUCAAGUGAUCGUUUAACAGAAAAAAAACGUGUUCGUUUUGCUGAUAUGGAAGGUCUUACAUUGGAAACAGUUUCUGAUGCUGAACAACAACAACAACAACAACAACAACAACUGUUACCUAUGAAUAAUCGUUUAUUCGCUAAACGAUCAUAUAUUCCACCAUCAAAUAAUCUUCGAGGACAAGAACAAUCAUUUCAUAAUUCAAUUUAUCAAACAACUACUAGAGUUAAUAAUGGUGGAAGUAAACUUGCGACCGAUGUUUAA